GGAAGGUGACUCUGUUCAAAAAUGGCAUUCAACAUAAGACCGAGCAAAGGAGACUGAGUGAAGCCGUGUAUCACGGAGAGAAAGAGGGCACUGUAUUCAUGUCCAGGAUGGUUAAGCUCCAACAAGAAGUAUGGAGGGGUAUGCGAUGACACCUGAAGACAUGGAGAGGGGCCUUGAAAAUAGCCUUGUGGACAGUGGCCCUGUGUACAAGACAACAGUGACAGCUGUCGCUGAGAGAAAGGCCUCCAGGGGUUGGCUAUGGAGGCUGUGUGGCGUUCUCUUAAUAGCAGCUUUAUGUGCGGCAGCAGCCCUGCUCUUUGCCUGGUGUCAGCAUGGAAGACUGGCAACGAUGCAGGACGGAAUGGAGCCUCAGCUGGAGAUAUUCAUUGGUGCAAAAGAUACCCACAAUACAUUGAAGCAGAUUGCCGGCAAUGCAAAAGCAGCCAUCCAUUUAGAGGGUGAAUACAAUCCUAAUCUUACCACUGACACAGUGCAGUGGAGAAAGGAUGACGGCCAGGCCUUUUCCCAGGGCGGGUUCAAGCUACAAGGGAACCAAAUCAUCAUCCCACACACUGGGCUCUUCUUCGUUUACAGCCAGGCUUCGUUUAGGGUCAAGUGCAACGGCCCAGGCGAGCGUACCACUCCUCUGAGUCACGUUAUUUGGCGCUAUUCGGACUCCAUUGGGGUUAAGGGUAAUCUACUUAGCGGGGUAAGGUCAGUUUGUCAACAAAACUACGGUAAUGCUGAGUCCAAUAUUGGCGAAGGCUGGUAUAAUGCAGUUUACCUUAGUGCGGUGUUUCAGCUGAAUGAAGGGGACAAACUGUGGACUGAGACCAAUCGACUGACCGACGUGGAGCCAGAGCAGGGCAAGAACUUCUUUGGUGUGUUUGCACUAUGAUGAGAGAGAGGCAGGCCAGAGGUGAAUAUUUGUUAUAAAAGUUUUACGUUAAAACUCUUAUUUUAGUGUUGCAAUUUUAUGGUAACUGAGCAAUCUCAAAGGAGAUAGGUCUAAUCUUAAUGAUUAUUUUGUGAACUGAAAAAGUUUAAGAAAUGAUUAUUGUUGGUCCAUACAUGAUGAUUGUCCAUUCUCUGUAUUGUAGAUUUUGCACCAAAUAAUAUUAUGACUUUGGGUUUUUUAUAUUAACUUUUAAUUUUUUUAAAUACUAUUUAUAUGAAAAUACAUAUUAACUUUUUUUUUUAUGAUAUUUA